GCAGUGGAAAAAGAUUGUUUUAAAAAAUGUCCACUGAAAACUGCAUCGUCAUCUCUGAGCUGCAUCCAAACUUCUCUCAUCCGAAGGUGCUUGGUAUUGUGAUUGGAAAAUCUGAUGUCAGAAGCUUCCCAGACAGAAAAAAUGCUGGUGCAGACAGGUUCACUUUUGGCUUCACCAUUAAGGACUCAGUUGAUUAUUUUAUCAACGUAUCUGCCUGGGGAGACGAAAACUACAUCAGCGGGCUGUCAAGCAGCUUCAGCAUUGGAGACUGUGUCACUGUUGAAAAUCCUUUAGUCUCUCACAAAGACCCAGAGAAAGGCGAUAAAUUCUGCCCUGUAACACCGAGCCCGUACAGGCUGCUGGUGACUGACGCUCAUUCCCUGGUGUGUUUGUGUGCCGACACGGACACCAUUGACAGGCUGCUGCCACUAAUCCAUCUGCCAGUUAAGGAUUCCAGAGACUUCUACUCUCUGGGUGACAUAGUGGCCAACGGGCAGCGGCUGGAUGGCAGUGUGAUAAAUAUACUGGCUGCAGUGAGAUUGAUUGGAGAACCAAAGUCUUUCAUCACUUCUGACAAACGCAAAGGACAGAGGCUGGAAGUGAAGCUGUUUGAUGACUCUGUCUCAUACUUCCCCCUCGUCUGCUGGGACAGAGAAGCCAUUCAGCUUCUUCAGGCUUUGAUUCCGAAGGAGACGGUGCUCUUCAUAGCAGACACAAAAAUCGGCUUUGACAGUUUUCGCAACUGCAUGGCAGCAACUGUAAAUUCCAAAACCAUUAUCACAGUCAACCCUGAUACAAGGGAAGCCAGCCUGCUCUACAACUACGUUAAACAGAUGUCUGAAUCUGGAAGUCUGGAUCAAGAUGAGAAGCCAGAGGACGUGUCUGUGGAAUCCAUCACUGACAUGUACACGGUGAGCCAGCUGAAGCAAAAGGCUCUGGAGAACCCUGAAGUGUUCUUUGGCAUCAUGUACUGCUUCAUGUCCAAGCUUGACCUCGACUCUUCGGUUUCAAAAGUCAUCAAGACACGCUGCUCGAGGUGUAGGUUCCAGGUGGCUGAGGACCUGCAGAGCUGCACCAACCCGCUGUGUCUGGGGAAGGAUCAGGCCUUUUCAGUGAGCACAGGCUUUGACCUGCUGGUGGACUUCACGGACCACACGGGCACCCUGCAGAGCUGCAGCCUCAGGAGUCCAGUGGCCGAGAAGACACUCGGCUGCACUACGGACGACUUUACCUGUUUGACUGAUGACGAGCGAACUGCCAUGAAGUGGAAAUUUCUGUUGGAGAGAUGUAAAAUCGUUAUGAAGAUCCUCCCGUCCACCAGGACGAAGGCUGGAAUCAGGGGGACGGUUCUGUCCUGCUGCCUGGCAGAUCCAGGGGAGGUCAAGCAGCACAUGGUGGCUCUGCAGUGA